AGCAGAGACGCGCAUGGAGCGGCCGGAGAGCAACGGGACCUGCUCGGGCUGCCGGCUGGAGAGGGGUUCGUCCGCACGGGCUGCCACCGGGCUGGCGGCCGUGCUCAUCUUCACCAUCGUGGUGGACGUGCUGGGCAACGCGCUGGUCAUCCUGUCGGUGCUGAGGAACAAGCGGCUCCGCAACGCCGGCAACAUCUUUGUUGUCAGUUUGUCAGUUGCAGACCUUGUAGUUGCAGUUUAUCCAUACCCUCUGAUCCUGAGUGCCAUUUUCCACAAUGGAUGGACCAUGGGAAAUGUCCACUGCCAGAUAAGCGGGUUCCUGAUGGGCUUAAGUGUCAUUGGGUCCAUUUUCAACAUCACAGCGAUCGCCAUCAACCGCUACUGCUACAUCUGUCACAGCCUUCGGUAUGAUAAGCUCUUCAACCUGAAGAACACCUUCUGCUAUCUCUGCUUGACCUGGAUACUCACAGUGGUGGCAAUUGUGCCAAACUUCUUUGUUGGCUCUUUGCAGUAUGACCCCCGGAUUUACUCCUGCACCUUUGCACAGACAGUGAGUACAUCCUACACCAUCGCAGUGGUGGUGGUUCACUUCAUCAUCCCACUGUCCAUCGUGACAUUUUGCUACUUGCGGAUCUGGAUCUUGGUGAUUCAAGUCAAACACCGGGUGAGACAAGAUUGCAAACAGAAGCUCAGAGCAGCUGACAUCCGGAACUUCUUGACUAUGUUUGUAGUUUUUGUCCUCUUUGCUGUGUGCUGGGGACCAUUAAAUUUUAUUGGCCUUGCUGUUUCAAUUAAUCCUUCACAUGUGCAGCCACAGAUUCCAGAAUGGCUUUUUGUCCUGAGCUAUUUUAUGGCCUAUUUUAACAGCUGCCUUAAUGCUGUGAUCUAUGGGCUUCUUAACCAGCAUUUCCGGAGGGAAUACAAGAGGAUACUGCUGACACUCUGGACUCCCAGGUUUCUAUUCAUUGAUGUGUCCAAGGGUGCGACAGAAAGGAUGAAAAGCAAGCCAUCUCCAGCUGUAACAAACAACAACCAAGCUGAAAUGCAUUUAUGAGUCAGAACAGUACUAUUUAUUCUGGAUUACAGUUGUAUAUAUAAUAUAGAAGAGCCUUUCUAUGUGUGCAUUUCACAGCUGGUGUUGCUGGGCCCCUCAUGCAAGGAAGGAGUCUGCUUCUCAUAAGAGGAAGGGGUCUGCUACCUUUCAUGUUUAGCUUAUUGCUGCGACAUCAAGACUUUGAAUAGUUUUCAGAAUGGAAAUGACUGAUCUUUAUUUAUUUUUUCAUAUACCAUCUUUCACCAUGUGCCUAUUUAAUAGGUUUGGUUGCUUUUGCCACAAGCAUUCAGUAUGC